GGCGCAGGUGAUAUAACGCGUGCGCGUGCGCCGGUGGCUCACUUGUGCGUGAAGCUCCGGUGCCGUCGCUCGCGCUCGCCUAAAACCGAAAGCUCCCACAAAGCCUUUCUUUACGCGCCGGCUAGUGCUUUCCCGAACGCCGCGCGGAUCAGUUGUGUGCUCUUAUCUCUCGCGAACGCUCGCGCAAACACGUAAAAUGUUACAAGAAAUACAAUUAGUUCAAGGUCAAACCAACUACGUAGUCGUAUGCUCUGGCUACCCGUCUGCGACUGUAACGAAACCAGCACUGGAAAAAAGGAUUGUACCGAUUGCCCCGGCUCCGGAAAAAAAUUAUGUCACUCACGACACGCCGCCCAACCAACAAUACAGAAAGAAGGUGCAUUUUAGGACGAACCCUUACACCGGACCUCAGGCUGUGUCGAUUGCGAGACGUAAUGCACGUGAAAGGAAUCGCGUGAAACAAGUAAACGAUGGAUUCAAUGCACUUCGUCGUCACUUGCCAGCCUCCGUGGUGGCCGCCUUGUCUGGUGGCGCCAGACGGGGAUCUGGAAAGAAACUCAGUAAAGUCGAUACAUUACGGAUGGUCGUUGAGUACAUCAGAUAUUUGCAACAAUUACUCGACGAAAGCGACGCUGCAUUAGGAAUCACACGUGAUCAAGAAAAUAGAGAAAAUAUUCCAAGUAGCAAUUCGCAAAGUAUGAAUUCGCUGUCGGACAUGGACGACGGUUUCUUCUACGGAAGCAGUUCCCCGUGCUCGGAGAAAGCGAAUUCCCCUGCGCCUUCGGAGUGUUCGUCCGGAGUUUCGUCGGCAUAUUCACCUGUCGACCGAUACGAAGUGUCAACGCAACAGACUCUCGGGCCCAUGGAUGAAGAUGAGCUGCUCGACGUGAUAUCCUGGUGGCAACAGAAAUAGCAAUAACGUAUCUGAAGUGAACGAGCUGAACGAAGUUUCGUUGAAUCCCUCCGAGUAUUACUCUUUAUAGUAAAGACGAAAAGACUCUUUAUAUUUCUAGUCAAAUUUUAGUGCCUUAAAAUAUUAGAUAUUAAGUUAAUAGUGUGGUUAGUAAAAUGAUAAGUGUUCGAAAAACAUUUUGGAGAAGUGAAUUAUCGAUUUCAUAGAUUUUGGGAUUUUAUCGACUAAGGCCUUGAACCAUAAAAAAGAACAUUUGAGGUUUUAUUACAGGUUUGUAAGAGAACCGACUACAGUAUGUAAAUACAUAGAUUAAGAUAUCGAAUAAAUUAUUUAUUGAACAAUG